AUGGCUCAGAAGGCGGCCGCAAAGGACGUGAUCGUCAAGCUUAUCGUGGGCGCGGGACAGGCCAGCCCCAGUCCUCCUGUCGGUCCCGCCCUUGGAAGCAAGGGUGUCAAGAGUAUGGAUUUCUGCAAGGAAUUCAACGCCCGCACCGCACACAUUGAAACCGGAAUCCCUAUCCCCACCCUCGUCACCAUCCGCCCCGAUCGAUCAUUCACCUUCGACAUUCGAAGCCCAACUACAUCCUGGCUGCUGUUCAAAGCCGCAGACAUCGAAAUGCGCAAGGGACGGCUUCGGGGCACGGAGUCACCGGGCAAAGUCUACAUCGGCAAGGUGUCGCUGAAGCAUAUCUAUGAGAUUGCGAAGAUCAAGCAAUCCGAGGUGCGGCUGUCGGGAAUAGCUUUGCAGUCGCUCUGCAGGAGUGUCAUUGCCCAGGCUAAGACGAUUGGUAUUGAGGUUGUUCCGUGA